AUGAGAAUAUUGAUUGUAAUAAUUAUAUCAGUUACUCUAAGUGCAUUCUAAACCAAUUAGAAUAAUAUCUAAGAUUCUCCGAGAACUGAUUUAGUAGAUAAAAUAGUAAUAAAUGAGAUUAAAUAGGACGUAGUUGAUUAAUUGGAUCUAAAUUCGUAAACUCCAUUUGUAGAUUAGAUUAAUGCAUAAGUUGAAUAAUUGUUAAAAGUGAACGAAAUGCAAUAGAACCAUUCUGAAGAUCUCUCACAAUAUUCCAAUAAACAUGAAUUAAUACAUUCAGUGUAAUAUUGGCUAGACAAAUUAGAUAAUGAUAAACUCUCUUAAGAGAUAACACCUUAAAAUGAUCUCAAUAACCUCUAAUAAUCUUAAGAAUAACAACUAAAUUAAUCAGAUUAGUCUACUCAUCAUAGCAGAUUAGCUAAAUAUAUAUAAAUUCAAUAAGUAGAGCAACAGUAGUAAUCAGAAACUAUCCAAGAAAAUACAAUUACUAAAAUUGAAGAGACAAACCCUUUAAAAUUAUUGUUACUCUAUUCUGAUAAUAUUAAAUAGUAAAAUGAUGAAGAUGAUUCACAUUAAAUGAUAAUUACAAAUGAAUAAAUUUUAGAUCAACUGGAAAAAGAGAAACAAGAUAAGAUUAUCAAAAUGUAAAGUCUUAUUAUUGAACAACUUAAAGACAAAAAACCAGAACCUAUAAAAGAAGAGAGUUUCUUAGAAAGAGAUUAUAUUGAAUGGGAAAUGAAAACAUUGACAAGUAACAACAAUUUAAGGGCUAAAUGA